AUGGAGCUCUCUUCGUCGGGUUUUUUUUUUUUUAGCCAUCAGUUUGGGGUUCUCCUCGUCGGGGUUUCUAACCCUCAGUUUGGAGUCUUCGAUGCUCUUAUUGAAGUCUUAUUUUUGUGCUUCGUUGAGACUUAUUUGUGGCUCCUCGUCGGGGUUUUUAACCCUCAGUUUGGAGCCCUCCUCGUCGGGGUUUUUAAACCUCAGUUUGGAGUCUUCGAUGCUCUUAUUGAAGUCUUAUUUGUGUGCUUCGUUGAGACUUAUUUGUGGCUCCUCGUCGGGGUUUUUAACCCUCAGUUUGGAGUCUUCGAUGCUCUUAUUGAAGUCUUAUUUGUGUGCUUCGUUGAGACUUAUUUGUGGCUCCUCGUCGAGGUUUUUAACCCUCAGCUUGGAGCCCUCCUCGUCGGGGUUUUUAACCCUCAGUUUGGAGUCUUCGAUGCUCUUAUUGAAGUCUUAUUUGUGUGCUUCGUUGAGACUUAUUUGUGGCUCCUCGUCGGGGUUUUUAACCCUCAGUUUGGAGCCCUCCUCGUCGGGGUUUUUAGCCCUCAGUUUGGAGUCUUCGAUGCUCUUAUUGAAGUCUUAUUUGUGUGCUUCGUUGAGACUUAUUUGUGGCUCCUCGUCGGGGUUUUUAACCCUCGGUUUGGAGCCCUCCUCGUCGGGGUUUUUAACCCUCAGUUUGGAGUCUUCGAUGCUCUUAUUGAAGUCUUAUUUGUGUGCUUCGUUGAGACUUAUUUGUGGCUCCUCGUCGGGGUUUUUAACCCUCAGUUUGGAGCCCUCCUCGUCGGGGUUUUUAACCCUCAGUUUGGAGUCUUCGAGGCAAUGUGCCCUCUCCCUUAG